GGCAACCCUAGCUUGCUCUUCUGUGUGUACAGUGCGCACGACCCCUAACUGAACAGUGACCUGAUGGAGCGCAGCGAUACCACGGGGGAGAUAAGUUAAUCACCGAGUUCUGUUUGAGAAGCAUUUGAAGUGAACAAAAAUGGACGAGUGGGAAGAACAGGGAACCACUACUAGUAAUAUUACACUGAUCAGCCACACCUCAAGCCAAGGCACAGGAAGAGACUCCUGGAACACUGACGGUGGCAAAUUUGGAAGGGGUCGUGGUGGCAGAGGCAGACAAGGAGGAUUUAAAAGCUCAUUCUCCUCAGGUGGUGACAAGAAUGGGAAUGAUGGGGACAGCUGGAACAGUACAGGGGCAGAAAGAGGUGGUUUCAGAGGCAGAGGGCGUGGCAGAGGAUUUGGCAGAACCGAUCGCAGUGAAUUCAGUGGAGACGAUGAUGGAGUGUGUGAAAAUGGGUUUAGGGGAGGAAGAGGCAGCAGAGGAGGUUUCAGACAAGGUGGUGAGCAGGGUGGCAGAGGCGGCUUUGGAGGAGGCUACCGUGGAAAAGAUGAGACCUUUGCUCAAGUGGAAGAUAAAGAAAAUAAAGAUGCAAGCAAUGGUGACAGACCGAAAGUCACUUAUGUUCCCCCAACCCUCCCUGAAGAUGAAGGCUCCAUUUUUGCCCACUAUGAGACAGGCAUCAACUUUGACAAGUAUGAUGACAUCAUGGUGGACGUCAGUGGAACCAACCCACCGCAGGCUAUCAUGACUUUUGAUGAGGCAGCAUUGUGCGAGUCCCUGAGAAAAAAUGUCAGCAAGUCUGGUUAUGUGAAGCCGACCCCUGUGCAGAAGCACGGCAUCCCAAUCAUCUCUGCUGGCAGAGAUCUCAUGGCCUGUGCCCAGACUGGAUCUGGUAAAACGGCUGCAUUCCUGCUCCCUAUUCUGCAGCAGCUGAUGGUAGACGGUGUGGCAGCCAGUCAAUUCAUUGAGCUGCAGGAGCCUGAAGCCAUCAUCGUGGCCCCAACUAGGGAGCUCAUCAACCAGAUUUACCUCGAGGCCAGGAAGUUUGCCUUUGGGACAUGUGUGCGUCCAGUGGUGGUUUAUGGUGGGGUCAGCACUGGACACCAAAUCAGAGAAAUCUUAAGGGGAUGCAAUGUGCUGUGUGGAACACCAGGGAGACUGUUGGAUAUGAUUGGAAGAGGAAAGGUUGGGUUGAGUAAGCUGCGGUACUUCGUGCUGGAUGAGGCUGACAGGAUGUUGGAUAUGGGUUUUGAGCCUGAUAUGCGCCGCUUGGUGGGUUCCCCUGGAAUGCCAUCCAAAGAGAACCGUCAGACUCUGAUGUUCAGUGCAACAUACCCUGAGGACAUCCAGAGGAUGGCGGCUGACUUCCUCAAGACGGACUAUUUGUUCUUGGCUGUGGGUGUGGUGGGUGGAGCCUGCAGUGAUGUGGAGCAGACAUUUGUCCAAGUCAACAAGUUCUCCAAGAGGGAGCAGCUCCUUGAUGUCCUCAAGACAACUGAAACGGAGCGCACCAUGGUGUUUGUGGAGACCAAGAGACAAGCUGAUUUUAUUGCCACUUACUUGUGCCAGGAGAAGGUUCCAACUACCAGCAUUCAUGGAGACCGGGAGCAGCGGGAGCGAGAGCAGGCUCUGGCAGACUUCCGCUCUGGCAAAUGUCCAGUCCUGGUGGCAACCUCUGUAGCUGCCCGCGGGUUGGAUAUUCCAGAUGUACAGCAUGUGGUAAACUUUGACCUCCCCAACAACAUUGAUGAAUAUGUCCACCGUAUUGGGAGAACUGGCCGCUGUGGUAACAUUGGAAGGGCGGUGUCGUUCUAUGACCCAGAUGCUGAUGGCCAAUUGGCUCGCUCCCUGGUCACAGUCCUGUCCAAGGCCCAGCAGGAAGUGCCCUCAUGGUUAGAGGAGUCUGCGUUCAGUGGCCCCGGUACCACAGGCUUCAACCCCCCCAGGAAGAACUUUGCCUCCACAGACUCCAGGAAGGGAGGAUCUUUCCAAAACAACAGUGUGAAGAGCCAGCUGGCUGCUCAGACUGCAGCUGAUGAUGAAGAAUGGGAAUAGAGGGAAUAUUAGAGCAGCACACCCACACUGCGUUGACCAGAGUUAUUUUUCUUUUCAGAUGUUCACUUGUUGUAGUUUUAUCACAGUGUUUUUGUUUGAAGGAAAAAAAAUUGUUUGUCUCAGGCCAGACAAAGUUUAAAUAUGUCAAGCGAGAUGUUAAAUGGGGACACCAGGUCUUUCGUAGGAUGUGACAACUUUCAGUCUUCACUGACCAGCAUAUUGUGGAAAGAAUUUUUUUUAUUUUUUUAUCACCACUUGCAUUUAACAAGAUUAAUAAGGAAAACUAUGUGUCUGACCAAAAGUCAAAACUAAAGAAUGUCAUAUUCCAACUAUAAUUUGUUUCCUACUAGGAUUAAGAUCACAAAUAAAUAUUUGUUCAAAGCAAAGCCUA